UUGAAUACUUCCGGUGCUUUCUGGUGUGCGAUGCUGUUUCAUUAUGUGAAGUGGUUGCAGCGAAACCAUGUGAAUAUAUCUGUAAAACGAGUUGCAUCAGUUUCUACCAAGAUGGUUCGUGUUUUAAGUGUAGCAGAGAAAAAUGAUGCUGCGAAAUCUUUAGCAGAGAUCUUGUCGAGGGGAAGAUACAGAAGGCGAGAAGGGUUGUCACGUUUCAACAAACUUUAUGAAUUUGAAACCAACAUCCUAAAUAUGAACUGCACUAUGACAAUGACCUCAGUUUCUGGACACCUGAUGAACUUUGAUUUUACUGGCCAGUACAAAAAGUGGCAGAGUUGCACUCCACAGUCACUGUUUGAUGCACCAGUAGAGAAGUGUUGUCCUGAAAAUUUUGUGGAUAUAAAGAGGACACUUGAAAAAGAGGUACGAGGCUGCAACACAUUGAUUAUAUGGACAGAUGGAGAUAGGGAAGGAGAAAACAUUGGUUUUGAAAUUAUCAAUGUGUGCAGACAAGCUAAACCAAAUAUCAGGGUAUUACGUGCCAGGUUUUCAGAGAUAACACCCCAAGCAAUAACCAGAGCCUGUCAAAACUUGAUGGAGCCUGACCAAAAUGUGAGUGAUGCUGUGGAUGUCAGGCAGGAGCUAGACCUGAGAAUAGGUGCUGCCUUUACAAGAUUCCAGACCCUGAGACUGCAGAAGAUUUUUCCCGGUGUAUUGGGAGAGCAGCUCAUCAGCUAUGGCAGCUGUCAGUUUCCCACUUUAGGAUUUGUUGUUGAGAGAUACAAGCAAGUGCAGCAAUUUGUUUCUGAAGCAUUCUGGAAAAUACAAGUUACUCACAAAGUACAAGAUGGCGCAGCAGAAUUCAGUUGGAAAAGGGUAAGGUUGUUUGACCACACAGCCUGUUUGGUGCUGUAUCAGCAUUGCAUGGAGAGCCCCACAGCAAGAGUGGAAGAAGUAAAAACUAAACCAAAAAGCAAAUGGAGGCCUAACCCUCUGGACACGGUGGAGUUAGAAAAACUGGCCUCUAGGAAGUUGCGCAUUAAUGCCAAAGAGACCAUGAAAAUAGCUGAAAAGCUGUAUACCAGUGGGUUCAUCAGUUAUCCACGUACAGAAACUAACAUGUUCCCCAAGGACAUGGACUUGAGGGGACUUGUGGAGAAGCAAACACAAAGUCCACAUUGGGGAGGGUUUGCAGGACAGAUCAUGGAGCGAGGUCCUACUCCAAGAAAUGGGAACAAAACUGAUAAUGCUCAUCCCCCUAUACAUCCUACCAAGUACACAAACUCUUUACAGGGAAAUGAAGCCAAGCUGUAUGAAUACAUAGUGCGCCAUUUCUUGGCCUGCUGUUCCCAGGAUGCACAGGGCAUGGAAACCACAGUGCAGAUUGAUAUUGCUGAGGAAAAGUUUGUAGCCAGUGGUUUGAUGAUAAUAGCCAAGAAUUAUUUGGAUGUGUAUAUCUAUGAUAAAUGGAACGCAAAGGUUAUUCCAGUCUUUAAUCAAGGGGAAACUUUUCAACCAACAUCAAUACAGAUGGUUGAUGGGGAAACAAGUCCACCUUUGCUGUUGUCAGAGGCAGACUUGAUAGCACUCAUGGAGAAGCAUGGCAUAGGUACUGAUGCAACCCAUGCAGAGCAUAUUGAAACUAUCAAAUCAAGGAAUUAUGUAGGAGUGCGCAAUGAUGGAAGAUUUGUGCCAGGAGAAUUGGGAAUGGGGCUUGUGGAAGGCUACGACUCCAUGGGAUAUGAAAUGUCUAAACCUCACCUGCGAGCAGAACUAGAAGCUGAUUUAAAAAGGAUUUGUGAAGGAAAAAAGGACAAGGAUGUGGUUUUAAGAGAGCAGAUUCAGAAAUACAAGGAAGUUUUUAUUGAGGCCUGCAGGCAGGCCAGCAAAAUUGAUGAAGCUUUGUCUCAUUACCUGCAUGAAGAGGCUCAACCUUACACUGAACAAGAGGCCCCUCAUGAGGUGUCUGUCCCAGUUCUGCAGUGCCCUGGCUGUUCCACAGACAUGUUGAUUAAGAGAAAGAAGGAUGGUCAAGGACUGUUUCUAAGUUGUAUGGGGUACCCAGAGUGCCGAAAUGCCAUGUGGUUCCCAGAUGCUGUGUUAGAAGCAACAGUGACAGAUGAGAUAUGUGAUAAGUGUCUGCCUGGCCCAGUGCAUAAGAUCAAGUUUAAGUUCAAGAGAGGGUCAGUUCCACCAACAAUGCUUACUGAGUAUGUUGGCUGUGUUGGAGGAUGUGAUGAUGACUUAACACAGGGAAUGAAUAUGCAUUUCACAGGGAAUUCCCGCUUGAAGCAGUCUCAGCGUUCAGUAAGAAGUAAUGACAGUGGCUAUGGAAGCAGCUUUCAGUCUACCCCUAGAAACUCGACACUUAACUCUCAAGGCAACCAGGGUCUCAGUAGGAGUGGAAAUUCUACUAAUACAAAUGACAGAAAGAGAAACUUCUCAUCUUGUGCAGCUCCAGUAUCGUCAAGUACUACUGGGAGAUUUAAUGGUGCUUCUGUAAUUGGAGGAAGGAAUGGGUUUCCAAUGCCCGCUGGGACUUCUCCUCAAACUGGAAUACCAGCUAGAAUGCCCUUGGAUCCUAUAACUCCAGCACAAGGCAAUGCCACUGUGUGUAAUUGUGGUAGUGAUGCAAUGCUGUUGACUGUUAGAAAAGAGGGACCAAAUACAGGACGCCAGUUUUUCAAAUGUCCCCUCCCUCAAGGCAGUGGUUGUGAUUUCUUCCUUUGGGCAGAUCAACUUUCUGACCCACAACUGAGGCAAAGUCCUAAUGCUAUAAAUGGUUCCUCACUGCCUCUUAGUAGUCCUCAUGCCAGACAUGUUGAAGAUGGUGUAAAAUGUAACUGCCACCAGGCUGCAAAACAACUAACAGUGCAAAAAGAAGGUCCAAACAAAGGUCGUCAGUUUUAUGCCUGUCCAAAGCCGAGAGGCGAGGGCUGUGCCUUUUUCCAGUGGGGAGAUGCAGUAGCGUCAACUUUUAACAGCCACUCCUUGGCACCUUCCCAGCAGAGUUCAGCUUACAGUGCAGGUGAUGGGGAGGUACAGUGCAGAUGCCAUCAGUCAGCUAAACAGUUAACAGUGCACAAAGAGGGACCAAAUAAAGGCCGCCCAUUCUAUGCUUGUCCAAAACCAAGAGGUGAGGGGUGUGGAUUUUUCCAGUGGGCAGAUGAAGAACCAGACUCCAUGCUCAGCAGCAAUGCAGGUGACCAUUUUGGAAAUGGAGCCAGGAAGAGAAAUAGCAACACAAAUCGUCAGCCUGGAGAGAAAAAAUCUAGAAAAUGUGGUCUCUGUGGAGAGGAAGGGCACACCCGUAGGAAUUGUCCACAUGCUUAGUGAACAGAUCCACACAAAGAGACCUGGUUUAUGAAGGGAGUGUUUCAUCAGCCAAAUUAUCCAGCCAACAUUACAGUGUGGUCAGCUCAUCUCUGCCUGGAAAACAAAAUGAUGUGGUUACUGUUGUGCAGAUGCUGUUACCACCAACAGAGAAAUGUUAACCUUCAGUUUUUUGGUUUUUGGAAAGUUGCCAGAUGUUACUUUGACACUGAGUACUAUUCAGAGUGUCAAAGUGGCUAGAUGCUACUUGAUCAACAAAGGAUAGGGAGACUUAUUGUGUAACAAUCAACUAUUGCUUUGUGGAGUAUUAUCUGAACACUAAAGCUCCAUAGACUUUGGAAUGCAUUUUGAAUACAAUGCACACUUAGAGAAAUAUUAACCCUUUAGCUCAGGCAAAUUUAUAUAUCCACCAAGAGACAACAGAAUAGCAUCAGCAUAAAUGAUGCAAAAAUGAAUCAGCUUUCUGCAAACUUGCUAACAAGACACAAUAUGAAUAAAUCCAUCUCCCGCU